AUCUUCACAUCUCAGCCGGUGCGCAGCAAUAAACCGUCAAUUAUUGCAGGGGACCGAACCUUGCGUUCCCAACAACGGCGCUCACGGUAUCUCUAACGAUGUGGCUACGGAGCAAGAUAGAAGCAACCGCACAUUACUGACCUCGUUCGAGCGCACGACGGCCUCAUCCUUGUCUCCUGUUGCUCGCCAGGAUUUAUUCCUCGCGUUCUAAAUCCCAAACCCCACCGGUCGGCAAAAUGGCUCUCUUGGGCUUCGUCGUUGUUCUCACCGUUCUCAUCCUCACCUCCGCCCUCCUGGCUUCGUCUUCUACUCCCUUCAUCGUCUUGCACGGAAUCGGCGACCAGUGCGAGAACCAAGGGGUAACGGAGUUCACUGAGUUCUUGAGCAGUUGGUCUGGAUCCGAAGGACAUUGCAUAGAAAUUGGAGAUGGAAUGUGGGACUCGUGGGUUAUGCCCCUCGUAGAACAGGCUAAUGUCGUCUGUGAGAAGGUAACGGAAAUGAAGGAAUUCAGCAUGGGCUACAAUAUUGUUGGUCUUUCCCAGGGAAACUUAAUUGGCCGAGCAGUUAUUGAAUUCUGCGAUAAUGGACCUCCUGUAAAAAAUUUUAUCUCACUAGGUGGACCUCAUGCUGGUACUGCUUCUGUACCGCUAUGUGGUUCUGGGAUUAUCUGCAUGCUUGUGGAUGACCUCAUCAAAUCAAAGGUCUAUUCUGACUAUGUGCAGGCCCAUCUGGCUCCUAGUGGGUAUCUCAAAAUUCCAACUUCUUGA